GGAUCGACCACUCAACGAGUCACUAUUCGAUUUUCCUGUGGGAUUUUGGCUGGUGUAACCCCAAAUAUCAGGCAGGCUUUCUCAUUGCGACGCUAACUGUCGGUCAUCUCACAUGGCGUAUUCCUGAACAUAUUUGUCCUACACUCUACCUGGGCAAAUAACUUGUAAUUCUUGCUAAAUAGAAUUUCUAAGCGAUUUUAAAAAUGGCAUUACACUCUUGGUAGGGAGUUAGUUAAUUAAUACCGAAGAGGAAGUAUUAUACGGUGGUUGUCUCAAGCCCCUGAGUUCCGAUAUCGUGGGUGGGGAACUCCGGUACAUUUAUGUACGGACUACCAAACUACCAACCAGACCACCCCGUCCCGAAGGAUCGUACAUGAUCGCCUAUGAUAUUUAAUGGUGACGUUGGAAAUCCAAACGGACUUUUCUGUCUCAGCUACGGACACGUCGGAGCUCCGUUUCGAGGUGGCAAUCUACGGGAAUACCAUAGAUAAAUAAUCACCAAGGUUAAGGUUGAGACAGGUCGAGCCAGCUCUACUACUGGUUCUGAAUUGAAACUCGCCUGAUUCGCAUUCGAAGCCUUACACGAUGACUACCGGAAAUAUCAGCUUCGACGACUACCUCGGCCUGCAGAGCUGCUUGGUCGAGUGGGCUGACAGCUACGACAGCAAGGACUGGAGCAGGCUGCGAAAAUGCAUCGCGCCCACUCUUCGCAUCGACUACCGCUCCUUCCUAGAUAAAGUAUGGGAAGCAAUGCCAGCAGAAGAAUUCAUCACAAUGAUAUCGAGCCCAGCGGUUCUCGGGGACCCGCUGCUGUCGACGCAGCACUUCAUCGGCGGCACGAAGUGGGAGAAGAUCUCAGACACCGAAGUCGUCGGGACGCAUCAGCUACGUGUCCCGCAUCAGCGGUACACGGACGCGAGCCGGAAGACCGUCGCUGUGAAGGGACACGCGCAUUCGACGAAUGUGCAUUGGUACCGAAAGGUGGACGGCGUGUGGAAGUUCGCGGGCUUGUACCCGGAUAUUAGGUUCACCGAGUAUGAUUUCGAUCAGGUGUUUGCGGGCGGCCGUGAGGAGUUUGGCGAGGAGGUUGCGGCGAAGGCGCAGGGCGUUAGUGUUACGGUUGAGAGGGUCGCGGCUGAGGUAUGAGUGCCUUCUGGUGGAAUUGGGAAAGAGGGGGGGAGGGAGGGAUGGCUGGGGAGAUAUAUGUGGUUGUUCUCUAGGGGUUGUACUAGUGUUGGAUGAAUAUUGCGAAGAAACCGGAAGAAACAACUGGGUUUGCGGUUGGCUGUUGGGUCGACGAGGAAAUACACAUCUGGAUAUGUAAAAUGAACCAUCGGUUGGAAUAUGAAAAUUCUAUCUAUGCGCACCUACAUUACAUGUGUAUGAUUAUAAUCAUGCUGGCUUGGAUUAUUCUUACGUUCCGAAUAGUCUUCAACAUCUUGCUGCCGUAACUUACUUGAUACCGCGUGACAUACGGUGUGUUUCUACAACCAAUCAUUGGAUCUCUGUCUCUUUUAGCCAAGGCAAGGAAUUGAUACAUAUGACACAAAAUACACUGCCC